AUCUUGCAAGAAGAGCAUAUGCCUCGCAAAGUUCCCAACCCAGCCGUUCCCUCCAAUAUUCUCCUCCCCCGACGGAAUAUCCCCGCAAUUCCAACCCAAGCCCGUCUUCUUCUUCCUCCCCAACUUAUAUACGCAACGGCGAGCUCGCCAUCUUCCUUGCUCCAACACAUACACGCACGCGCAACGUAUACGCUUACACAAACGCACAGCGAAGCGAAAGAUUGCUCUUUUGUUCCUGGUCGCGGCGGAUGGUGGCGGCGGCAAUGGCGAUUGGCGAGAAGGAGAUCAAGGAUGACCUGGAGGAGGCACCCCCGCUACUCCUGGACGAGGCCGCGCGCCCGCGCCGCGUCGCGCUCUUCGUCGAGCCGUCGCCGUUCGCCUACAUCUCUGGGUAUAAGAACCGGUUCCAGAACUUCAUCAAACACUUGCGUGAAAUGGGGGAUGAGGUCAUUGUUGUGACUAACCAUGAGGGAGUUCCUCAAGAAUUUCAUGGCGCCAAGGUUAUUGGUUCAUGGAGCUUCCCAUGUCCCAUGUAUGGAAAAGUCCCUCUUUCGCUGGCACUCAGUCCUAGGAUCAUAUCAGAGGUUGCAAAGUUCAAACCUGACAUUAUUCAUGCAUCUUCACCUGGAAUUAUGGUUUUUGGGGCUCUUGCUAUUGCUAAGCUGCUCAGUGUCCCCCUAGUGAUGUCCUACCACACCCAUGUCCCAGUAUACAUACCAAGAUAUACCUUUAGCUGGCUUGUAGAGCCUAUGUGGCAAAUCAUAAGAUUCCUUCAUAGAGCUGCUGAUUUAACUUUGGUGCCAUCUGCUGCUAUCAGCAAGGAUUUUGAAACUGCCCAGGUUAUAUCAGCGAACAGAAUACGCCUUUGGAACAAAGGUGUUGAUUCUGCAAGCUUUCAUCCUAAAUUUCGCAGUCAUGAGAUGCGAGCUAGGCUAAGUGAUGGUGACCUUGAAAAACCACUGAUAAUUCACGUUGGACGUUUUGGGCGCGAGAAAAAUUUGGAUUUUCUAAAGAUGGUAAUGGAUAGGCUGCCUGGAGUAAGAAUUGCCUUUAUCGGUGAUGGACCAUACAGGACCGAGCUAGAGAAGAUGUUUGAGGGGAUGCCAGCAGUGUUCACCGGAAUGAUGCAAGGCGAGGAGCUCUCGCAGGCGUACGCCAGUGGUGACGUUUUCGUCAUGCCGUCAGAGUCCGAAACGCUUGGCCAAGUGGUGCUGGAGUCCAUGUCAUCGGGAGUCCCCGUCGUCGCGGUCCGUGCCGGCGGGAUCCCUGACAUAAUCCCAGAGGACCAGGAGGGCAAGACCAGCUUCCUCUUUACCCCGGGCAACCUCGACGACUGCGUCGGCAAGGUCCAGCUGCUGCUGACGAACAGGGAGUUCAGGGACGGCAUGGGGCGGACGGCCAGAGCCGAGAUGGAGAAGUGCGACUGGAGGGCGGCAUCCAAGACGAUCCGCAACGAGUUCUACAACGCCGCCAUCUGGUACUGGCGGAAGAAGCGCGCGGAGCUGGUGAAGCCGCUGCAGUGGCUGGCGCAGAUGUUCCUGCCGGCGCCGGAGGUCAGCAGCAUCACGCAGUGCUGAUGCCUCGGCCUCCAGGGGAGGGGGAUGGUGUUGCAGCCAUGAUCCAAACAAGUGAUGUUAGGAGGGAAGGAUGGAUGGAUUGUCAGAUGCGUGUGCAUUCCUUGUACAUUUUUGAUCCAUAGUGCAGUGUCAAUAGGUGUGAUAGUUCCUCGUUUUUGUAUGGAAAUUGGGAUUGUGAUUGGUGUGGCAAGGCCGUCGAUUGCAUAUAUUGUGUAGCAGUAAAAAAAAAAAAAACUGGAAAUGUGCUGUAAUA